UAAGAAAUGCAAACUUCCCGGGGAAAGUAAAUAAAUAAAUAAAUAAAUUGAACACAGUUUGAUCUUAUCUAUAUGCAUAUCUAAUUAAGGCAGUGAUGCAGAAGCUUCCUCUCCGUGCGUAAAGGACAUGCCAUAGCCAAACCAACUGUUCUCGUUUCGGAGCGAACUCUAGACGGCAAUUCUGUAAAUAAAGCAAACAUUAUUUCUGAUGUUCACGGAUGCAUCAUGUACUUAGCCUACAUUAUUGUUUAUUUUCACAUUAUGCAUGUUUCGUUUUAGCACACCUAAUAGCCUACGUGGCACACGUGUGAUUAGAGUCGAUUGUUUAGAUGAAAUUAAGACGUAAAGUCACAACUUCCGAUGUAUCCUUAAAGUGAUUUUGGGUCGAAGGCAACGGGUAAACACCAGUAGAGAGACGUGCUGGUGACGUCAGGAGGUGCGAUGCGCCGGCGGGUCCGCGCAUUUCUCAAUCCCAGUCUCUGUCGCGCACCUGACAAAAUCACCUCCGCGUAACGGCGCCUUCCCGGACAGGCGCGAUGAAUUUGAGCAGGUCUCUCUCUUUUGCAGGCGCACCCCAGAACAGCAACUCGGGCUCCACCGACGAGCUGGUAAUCACCUCGACUUUUGGCACGCUGCUCUCGCUUGUUUACGUGGUUGGCGUUUCGGGGAACGUGUACACUCUGGUCGUGAUGUGCCACUCGAUUCGCUUCGCUACCUCCAUGUACAUCUCGAUAAUUAACUUGGCGCUCGCGGACUUGCUGUACCUCUCCACGAUCCCGUUCGUGGUGUGCACGUACUUCCUCAAGGACUGGUACUUCGGGGACGUGGGCUGUCGCAUCUUGCUCAGUCUGGAUCUCCUCACCAUGCACGCAAGCAUCUUCACCUUAACCGUGAUGUGCAUGGAGCGCUUCUUGGCCGUGACAAAGCCUCUGGACAACGUGAAGCGCUCCAAAAGCUAUCGGAAAGCCAUGGCUUGGGGGGUGUGGAUACUCUCUCUGCUCUUAACCAUGCCUAUGAUCAUCAUGGUGAACCAGACGAGCAGAAAGGCAGCGGACGGAAGCGUGAAACGUAUGUGCGCUCCUACUUGGGCACCUCAAGCGUAUAAGAUUUACUUGACUGUUCUGUUUUGCACCAGUAUCAUGGCGCCUGGCCUUAUCAUUGGCUACCUGUACACCAGAUUAGCCAGGACAUACAUUGAAUCGCAGAGAAGCUCAGCUCUAAAUAAGGGCAACAAACGGUCACCUAAGCAAAAAGUGCUUAUAAUGAUAUUUACGAUCGUGCUCGUGUUCUGGGCCUGCUUCUUGCCCUUUUGGAUAUGGCAGCUUUUACCCCUCUACCAUGAACCCCUGGCCCUGGCCCCUCACAUACGCACGUGUAUUAACUACCUGGUGGCGUGUCUGACCUACAGCAACAGCUGCAUCAACCCGUUUCUGUACACGCUGCUCACCAAGAACUACCGAGAGUAUCUGAAAAACCGCCAUAGGAGCUUCUACCGCUACACGUCGUCGUUCAAGAAGCGGCCGCCGAGCUUGUACUCGUGGGGAAAGUCCGCGUCGUCGAGCAAUCAGUUCGAGUUUAACUCGGAGACGCUGGUCAUGUCACAGCUGAAGGUGCAGUGA